AUGUUCCCGUUUUUGGCACCGAUCCACAAAAAUGGUUACACGUAAGUUUUGCAGAACUAUUUUCUUAUAAUUCUAUAAAAUCCCUAUUUUCCAGAACACGGCAAGGAGUUGUGCAGAUAACAUUUAUGGCUGAUUCUCCGCAUGUUAGUCGAAGUACAUCAGCGGCUAGUGCUGUCCCAACAACUGAUGAAAAAGAGAUUCAGCAAAUCUUUGAUGAUAAUUCAUCGAUGAAAAGUCGAAACAGCGAACAGAAUCUAUCAAUCGCAUCUGCUUCUCGACCAAAUAGUCGAGCAAAAUCAAAGACGUCCUCUCAGCCUACAUCAGCCCGAUCAGAAAAAUCCUCUCCACUUCCCGUUCCAGUCAAAGAAACGAUUCCUCCAGUAUCGAGACAUAAAAAUAAAGGAUUAGAUAUGUCAGCUGGAAUGAUGGAACUUUUUGGAUCAGCACCUGGUGAAUCUGCAUUUGGAGCAGGUUCCUCCUUUAAACCAAUUGAAGAUCAUGAUGCAGCCUACAAUCGGGCUUUGAAAAAUGCGCGAGGGCUUGAUCUAUCGAAACCCGGACCAGAAUGGUAUGAAGGAUUUGAAAAAAUGGAUAUGACUGAUAUUGGUGAGUAAAUACUUAUUUAUUAUUUUAUUUCGAAUCAAAUAUUUAUUUAUUUUAGAACUUCCACCGGAUCCAAAUUGUCCCGCGGAAAAAUUGCUGCAACAACAACGUCGUGAUUACGCGGGACUUUCUUCGAAACAUGAUGAAGAGGAUGAUUGGGUUGAAGCGAAACACGAUGUUUUGCAAGAUGAUCGCAAAAAACUCGAAAACUUUGAAAGUUUACCCGGACCUGAUAUUGGAGCAGAUGAAGAAGAAGAGGAGGAAGAAGAGGUAUGGAAAUUUUUAAUUUUUGUAAACUUUUUUUUCGGAGUCUAGAAACCCCUUUUUUUUGCAAGGCGAGAAAAAAUGUCUAUCAAAUAUUCAUACAUUUUUUCUCAUCAAUUUUUGAAAAGAUAUCCUAAAAGUUUCCUUCUUGUCUAGAAUUAAUAGUCGAAAUUUAGGCCAAUAUUUAAUCGGGCCUGAAAUUAAUUAAAGUUUUCAGAAUUAUUUUAAAGUUUAGCGACUAUUUGACAAAAUUGAUUCUCCUUUCAUGGUUUCUGAACCUCGAUUUUUGAAUUUUCAAAAAUACCCAACAAUUGAACUAGCCUUUCUCAAUUCACCCCAAAACUACCAAAUUUUUAUACUCUUGAAUAUUCCAAUUAAUUUUCUCCAAACAUUCCCCCAAAGUAUCCGAUUUCCACUCAAUGAAAUUCAAACACAUUUCCUUUUUCCUUCUUCUCCAAACAUCAAACAACAUUUUAUUGCAGCAAUUAGAAUCUUCUUCUUCUUCUUCGGCUUCCCAUUUCCAACAAAUCGAUUCCCCGACAGCUCAAAAAGAGGGAGAAGAUGACAUUUGUGACUCUCCCGUUGGCUCAUCCAAAAAUGGCUCAUCAUUUGGUGGUUUUGGAGGGGGAGGAGGAGGGGCUCCGAAAAACGAGAACGCAGACAAUCAGAGAGAUGAAAAAGACGCAGAGGAUAGUGACGCAGAGAAGAAUCGAACAAACGAAUUGGGAGAAGAAAAAGAGAAAAGUGGAAGUAAAAGUGGAGAAGGUGGAAUGGUUGUGAUUCUAAUUCGAAAUGCUCAAAUUAUCAAUGAUGAUGCGAUUUUUGUAUCGGAUGUUUUGAUUGUUGAUGGAAUUAUUAGGUGAGUUAGGGGAAAUGGGAAAAGAUGUGGAAUUUUUUUUUGAAUAGGAAAUGUAGAUUUGAGAGCUCUUUUUUUUUUGAAUUUUGGUUCAAAUUUGAGGAUAAUUGUCAAGUUUUUGCAUGAAUUGAUAAUUUUUGUUGAAAAAAAUUAUUUUUCAAAUUCAGAAAAAUCCAAUUUUCCUCUUUUUCCCCUAAAGUUCAUAGCGAACUUUUUAAUUUCCUCUAAUUAUUUUCUUUUUUUUUUGUGUCGAAAUCCUCUUUCUCGCCACAAUUUCGUAAUUUCUUUCGCAAUCCUUUUCUCUAUUUAUCUGUUUCUGUCUGUCUGUUCAGCAAACCUUUUAUUUAGUACAUAAAAACGAGGGAAUAAGCCAAAAAAGGAAGGACCUUGACUAAUCCUUCCACCUCACCUGUCCAACCUCAUUUAGUGUGAGGAAUAAGUGUGUCACCCUGAAAAAAAAACAUCUGGCUUCUGAGUUUGGAUCUUGGGGUGUGCAAAAAAUAUUCCAAGAAAAAAAAUUGACAACUUCAAUUCACGGAGCUGAACAUUUUGGAAAAUCACAAUUUGAAAAAAAUCUACAGAUUACAAUUAAACACGUGGCAACUUGAGAAUUAGGCUCUAUAGGCUCAGCCUUGAUAUUUGAAUUCCCUAGGCGCGGCUAAUUGACACCUAGGUUCUUAAGGCACGUGUUCUUCGGAACUAUGUCCUAUAGGCGCGGCUACUUGGCACAGAAGCUAUCAAGACGCGGCCUCUUGUCAGAGAGUUACUCUCGGCGCAGGAUCUUGAAAUUGUUCUCGUUAGGCGCGGUUACUUCGGAACAAGGCUCUCUAGGCGCUGCUCCUUGACAUUUGCAUUUUCUAGGAUCCAUCGCUUGGCACAUAAAAAGUGGUUCUCUCGGCGCGGUUGCUUAAGAACUGUAAUUCCAAUUAGGAAAACAUCUAAAAUAUCUCUAAGAAAAUCCUCUCCAACUUCUAAUUUUUUCCAGCAACGUCGCUCCAAACAUCGAGGCUCCGGAAAAUGCGGAAAUCAUCGAUGCGACCGGAAAAAUGGUUUUACCAGCUGGAAUUGAUGUGCACACACGAAUAACUGCUCCCGAUUCGGCUGAUGAUUUAGCUGUUGGUUGCAAAAGUGCUUUGGCCGGAGGAACUGCGACGAUUGUUGAAUUAGUAACACCGAAAAAUGGAGAAUCACCCAGUGCCGCGUUCAAACGAGUCAAACAAAGUUUGGAGAAGGCCACGUGCAAUGUUUCGAUUUCGGUUGGUUUUUACUUAAAAUCUAUUUUUAAUCAUCGAAAAAUUUGAAAUGUUUUCCAGGUCGUUUUGAAUAGUUGGAAUGAUUCAAUUAAAUCAGAUAUGGAAAAAUUGGUAUCAGAAGGUGUGAAUAGUUUUGUAGUGGAUGUUGAUGAUGAUGGGCAUAUUUUUGAAAUCAUGGAACAUUCUAGCAAACUUGGAGCACAUGUUCGAUUCUUCCCAACAACUUCAGUCUCAUUUCUUGAGAAGAAAAUGUUGGCUCUUGGUGUAACUGGACCUGAAGGAUAUCCACAAUCCAGGCCGGAAUCAUAUGAGAAUUGUCGUGUGAAUACAAUUUGUAACCUUGGACAAUUUGCAAAUUGUCCACUUUCGAUUAUUUCUGUUUCAUCAGCUGAUUCGAUUCAAGCAAUUGAGAAAUCGAGAGCAAAUGGAGGUGUAACACAUGCUGAAAUAUCAUCAGCUGCAGUUGUCGCGAAUUCAAAUGGAUAUUUGAAUCGUGAUUUGAAACAAGCUGCCGCGCAUCUAACAGAUGUUCCUUUAAGAGGACAAGGUGCAAGUGAUCGACUUAUUUCGGCUCUUUCAAGUGCUCCACUUGCUGUUUGUACAUCAGGACAUCAUGCGAUUUCAUCGACUGCCAGACUUGCUGCCAAAGAUUUCACAACAAUGCCAAAAGGAACAACUGGAGCUGAAGAAAGGUUGGCUGUUGUUUGGGAAAAAGCAGUGAGAAAUGGUAGAAUUGAUCCGAUGCGAUUUGUUGCGGUAACAUCAAGUAAUGCAGCGAAGAUGUUUAAUUUAUAUCCAAGAAAAGGAAAGAUUGCAAUUGGAGCUGAUGCGGAUAUUGUUAUUUGGGAUGGUGGAGCAAAACGUGUGCUUUCUUCAAAUGAUGCACAAUCUUCAGUUGAUGUUAGCUUAUAUGAUGGUGUCACUGUUCAUUCAGCGGUAAGUUCAGGAUGGAUAUUUUUGGGGCCAGAAGGUGAUCUGUAGAAGUAUAGAGUUCUGAAAAUAUAUCUGCAAAAAUUAAUAUCUCGAAAAUAUUUAGAGAAACUUAGAAAAUCGAAAAUUUGAAAACUAGGAAUUUAUCAGGUCUUUAAUAUUUUUUUGAAAAAAUUCCCUUUUCCAAUUCAAAGUCCAAUUUUUCCAGGUCAUUGCUACAAUUGUCAACGGAAAUAUUGUCUGGAAAAAUGGUUCUGCUGUAAACGGAGCACCGAAUUCAGGAUUCUUGGCUCUAGCACCAAACAGUCCUUAUCUUUUCAGUGUGAUUGGAAGAAGAGAUAAUGUAAGUGUUUAUUUUUGUUGCACUCAAAAAAGUUCUCUUCUUUUCCCAUUCUUCUCUUUUUUUUCUCGCUCUCUUUUGACCCGCGCUCUCUUUUUUUUUCGCUGGCGCUUAUUUCAAUGCCAUCGACUGGUGUGUUGCCAGUUGGUCGCGUGGCGCAAUGGAUAACGCGUCUGCCUACGGAGCAGAAGAUUGUAGGUUCGAAUCCUGCCGUGAUCGAAACUUUUUGUUUUUUUUUUGGAAAUUCAAAAAAAAUAUAUUUUUCAGUUCGGCGCGAAUGUACAAAAAGUGGAAAGAGAAGCUGGAGGUGUGAAGCAGAAUGGAGCAAGCCCGCCGGUCAAGAAAAUCAGUGGAGAAUUCGAUCGUGAUCGGAAUCGCAAACAUACCAUGGAAUCGAGUAUUGAUUUCGGAGGUGGAGCAAAUCGUGGACCCAGAAAUCCACCAGGUGGCAGGUCCACUGGAUUUUGGUGAAAAAUUACAUUUCAAAAAAUUUAUACCAAUUAUUAUGUACCUAGUCUAACCCUAUGAGUAACGAGCUUUUUUUUUUACAAUUUUUCAGUUUUGAAACCCAGUUCUUUUACAAUAACAUUCCUUACCCUUUCUUGCAUAAUAAUUUUUUAUUUAUUUUUUAAAUCUUGUUGCAUUUUUUCUUGAAAAAAGAAAGACAUAAUAAAGUUUUUUGGGCUAUUUACCUUGAUUUCGUUUUUUUUUAUUGCUGUCGAUUUUCAUUCCAAAAUAUUUUUGUUUACAAAACGAUCGUUUCGAAAUGUUUGUUUACUCACCCAUUUUUUGGUCAUUACGAAAUUUUCUCGUUUUUUCGAAAAUUUUAUUAGUUUUUUUUAUUUUCAGAAAAGUUAUGCAUUUUGUGAAGAAAGUUCCGACAAGUGAGGAGGAAAAAGCGGCGAAGAAAAAGGAACAGGAUAAGAAAUCGAGACAAUAUUUGCAUGUUAGGGAUCGAAUUGUUGAAAAGAGGAAGAAUGGUGAGUUGAAUUUUUUGGUUGAUUUGCAGAAUAUACCCAAGCCGUAAAAUAGGCCCCUUCCGGGCAUUUUUCAAAACUUUAUUUCGAGAAAAAUUUGUGUCAAUUUUUGAAAUUAAUUUCUCCUAAUUAAAAAAAUUAAAUUCAAAGUUAGAAUAUUUUCAGAUGAAUAUGAUGAUGAAAUCUUGUCUUUGACUCAACAAGUUUUGGAAAGAAAUGCUGAUAUUUAUACAUUUUGGAAUAUUCGUAGAACCGCGAUUGAGAAACGCAUCGAACAAAAUUCGAAAAUCCAAGAAAAUUCGGAGAUCGCUGAAGAGGAAAAGGCAAAUUCUCAAAGAGUUUUGGAUAAUCUUUUGAAUGGCGAAUUGUUUUUGUCCUAUGAAUGUAUAAAAGGAAAUCCGAAAUCAUAUUCGGCUUGGUUUCAAAGAGCUUGGGUUUUGGAGCGACAGAAAACACCGGAUUUUGAGAAGGAAUUGGUGUUGUGUGAAAAGGCGUUGAAAUUGGAUUGCAGGUAAAUCUGAAUUAAAAUCUCAGAAAUAUCUAGAAGAUUGUCUUUUCAAAAAUGUUUUGUCAAAGUUUCACAAAAAAUCUGGAAGUUUCUCAUUAAUUUUAUCCUCUGUUAAUUUAUUUUUCUAAUCAAAAUUUGAAAAAAAAAUUCCAGCUCUUCAAAAAAUAGUUUUUUUUCCAGAAACUUCCAUUGUUGGGAUCAUCGUCGAAUUGUCGCCAGAUUGGCAAAACGAACCGAAGAGCAAGAAAUCGAAUUUUCGAAUAAAUUAAUCGAGGACAAUUUCUCGAAUUAUAGCGCAUGGCAUUAUCGAUCGAUUUCAUUGAAGAAAUAUCAUUUUGAGAAAAAUGGACAGCUGAAAUUGGCGGACGAAACAAUUGCAGAAGAGUUAGAUGUAGGGUUUUUGGAUUGAAGUUUUUUUUUUUGAAAUAAAAAAAAUUUCAGAAAGUCAAAAAUGCGUUUUACAUGGAUGCGGAUGAUCAAAGUGCUUGGUCUUAUACUCGAUGGCUUCUUGAAGUUGGAUCAGGAAAAGAAUUUUGUAAGUUCUGGAAUUUUGGUCCAAUUUUCAAAGGAUAAUUAGGAAGUAUUUUUGGAGCUCCAAGAAUUUUUGAAAAAUUCUAGUUUAAUUCUCAAAAACUUCAAAAUUUCCCUAUUUUCAGUGCGUCCUGAAUCGAGCACCGCAAUCUCAUUGAUAACCGCAAAUUAUCAUGGAAAUCGAACAACUUUGGUUUUCACUCGAGCACUGACUUUGGAUAAAGUUUUGACAUUUGUUGAAACAGACGAUACGAAUAGCUGGAGAGCGGUAAGUUUUUCUUUAAGCUCAUUCAUAUCACAAGAAACCUAAUUUCAGUUUUCAUCUACUUCGCCGAAUCCUUCUUCUAGUCGAGUUUGGCAAUUUUUAUCUGAUAGCUCAAUUCGGAUAAUUGAUGAAAAAUCGCAGGAAUUUAUUGAUAUUCGGGAGAAAAGUUAUAUAAAUUUGGAGAUUUUGAGAAAGAUUUAUGAUUUGGUGCCAGUUGAAUUGCCAAAAUCUAUUUCGACUUUGCUUGAUGAUUGUAAACAAUUGGCUGAAUUGGAACCGAAUAAUAAGGUAAUUUUUAAAGAUUCAAAGUUAGGAAGGGGUGUAUUUCGAGUUUGGAAUUUGGGGUGAUUUUUAUUACGGCUAAUAUAUUUCAAAAUACUUUCAUCAGAUCUUGGUCAUCUCUUUGUGAGUCAGAGUACUAUUUUGAAAAAAAAACCAAAAUUGUAUUUAUUAGAGUUCAAAGGUGAAUUCUGGACUCGGAUAUAGAAAUUCUCAAAGCAUGGAACUUAUGAUUUUUAAAGUUCAGAGUUCAAUUUUUACUUUUGGAUAUUUUUUUGCAAUUUUUUAUUUAUUAUUAAUUUCUCUUAAUUAUGUAUGUAUAGAUUCUAGAAUUAUGUUUUGUCUAUUUUCCAGUGGCCGAUUUAUAUGCGAACUCUUAUUCAAAUCGAAUACACUCCAACUGAAGCGAAUUCUGAAAUAAUUGCAAAUCUUGAAAAACUUGCAUCAACUCUUGAUCCAAACAGAUCACAAUUAUACAAAAGUGUUGCUAGUCGACAACAAAUCAAUAUUGCGAUUCGCAAAUUUUUGUUGGAAGAUGAGAAAAAAUUGGCAGCAAGAUAUUUGAAUUUGACAAGUUUGGAAGGGUUGGAAUAUGUUGCUGGAAUUGUUGAAGAUAUUGAUUUGGCUGGAAAUCAAUUGACUGAAAUUCAUCGAAUUGUUUUGCCAAAUUUGACAUCUUUGACAGUUGAUGAGAAUCCGAUUAAAAUCUUCAAACAAUCGAGUUCGUUGUCGAAUUUGAAAUUUUUAUCGAUUGCAAAUACUGAAGUAUCAAAUAUUGAUGAUAUUGUUCCAUUCCUUCAACAUUGUCCAGCUUUGGAAAGACUUGUGUUUGCCGAAACAAAACUUGUUGACAAAACUGAACAACUUCGAAAUCAAUUACCUGGUAUUCGUCUAAUUCCACACUGGUUAUAA